GUUGUAAUAUGAGGUCAAUCAAUUUGGUGCAACUUGUAUUUCGAUACUCUUUCUUUCUCUCUUACUCUUCUGAUUGACUGUAAAUACUCUCUACUGCAUUUAAUCAUAUAGCAAUUAUACAUAUAACAAAUGGAUUAUAUUGAUUCUACAUCUAUUUCUCCGCAAACUUUGCAAAGAAACAAAUCAACAUCAUCGCAAUUGAGCGACGGCAAGCCUCGCAGACAAAGAUCAUUAGUUCGUCCAGAGCGUGAAAGAAAUGAUCGAAACAGCCGAUUGUACUAUUAUAGACAACGGGCAACUCAAGAUACACCAUCAGAUCCAACAAGAAAUCAACCUGUAAAAACAAUCCCACAAGAUCCAACGUUUAGGAGAUCGACUGCAAGAGAGCAGUUUUUGCGACGUGGUAAAAGCAUUCUCGGUAGAGAAGAAAAGGACGUAAUUGAAAAUACAACAAACCAAAAGACAAAUUGGUUUUCAGGGUUUGACCCUUGGAUGACUUAUUGCAGACUGAUUACAUUCUGCAUUCCAGGGCCAAUUUUAAGAUGUGCAGAAAAAAUAGGGCUUGUUUCAUUUAUCUUGUUCAUCAUGGGUUGUGUUGGUUUCCUGACAUUCGGAUUUACACAGACAGUUUGUCCUGUACCACCCUUGAGUGUUCAUGGAGGACAAGUCAGUCCUGGUUACUUGAUUAUCAAUGGCUGGGCAUACAUGCUGGCGGAAUGGGAACAUCCAGUUGGUCCUACCGACGAAACGACCAAUAUUCUUUAUCCACCUAUCAAUGCUGGUGGCAUGGAUGCCUCUUUCUUGUUUCAAACACUUCAUCCAGAAUGCGAUUCUGUAUUUAUACCCCUACAGCAAGACCAACCAAUCUACUUUCCUUGUCAACUGUUCAAUCCAAACAAAACUGAAGCACCUCUUUCUUCUCAAUUUAUGAAUCGGACAGGUUGUCAUUUCUCUACAGAUGCACGCAAUUUAUACGAUCGCUUUCAAAUUCAAGGCAUUCCCAAAAAGACUGGAGGUUUUGAUAAAGCUGCUCGUGUAUUUUAUGAUUGGGAAGAUGUGAAAAGUGGUGAUUCACUUGCUGUAUACAAUGGCGAUAUUCUGAAUCUCAAGCUAUUGUUGUCACUGCCAUCAACUUAUUUUGGGACAAGACCAGGCGGAUUAAUCGAGAGUAUUUUGUCCAAUAUUGAUAACUAUGUAGGAAAAGAUUUGACAAUGACCAUCAAUGCAAACAGAGCUAAAAGCAAUUCAUGGGAAGAAGAAGCUAAAUGCAUGUCUGCUACAAUUAAAGUCGGUUCCAUGGAUACAAUUAGCUUGGGCUGUAUGGCUUCUAAUAUCGUCCUUUACGUCUCUCUCAUUGUUAUCUUGGGCGUCAUUAUUGUCAAGUUUGGGCUAGCUAUAAUCUUUGGUUGGUUUUUAUCUUGGAGACUGGGAAAUUUCAAAGAAGGCUCUUCCUAUACUGCAAGAAUGGAACGAGAGGCAGAAAUUGAAAAUUGGACAGAGAAUAUGCAAGCUACAGCACCCUUGCCAAAACUUCGAGUUCAGUCUACUAUGCAAGGGAAUUCAAAAAGAAAAAGUGUGUUUCCCCAAACUUCUCGAUUUUCUCGACCUUUACAUGGAUCAACUCGAUUCAAUCAUGAGAAAAACGCACCUUCGUUGUCAUUAUGGCCAACACCAAAUAGUGCUUUGGAAAGCCAUAUUAGUCGUCAAAAUAACCUUGAAGGGAUUGAUACCAGUCGUGUUUCGCUUUUCAAUGCUCCUUCUAGGCUAAUGAAGACAGAAGGACAUUAUCGUCAGGCAUCUGGAUUCUCUUCUGAUUUAACAAACUCUACAGACACAAGCUCUACAGGACCCAUAUGCCCUUUACUACUAUCGGAGUAUGCACUAAGACAGCCUUCCUCAAGUUAUAUGCCUUUCAAUUUUCCUUUGGCUCAUACUAUAUGUUUAGUUACUUGCUAUUCUGAAGGAGAAGCAGGCAUUCGAAUCACACUUGAUUCAAUUGCUACGAGUGAUUAUCCAAAUAGCCAUAAACUCUUGCUUGUCAUUUGUGAUGGCCUCAUAACUGGCUCAGGUGAAACUCAGUCCACACCAGAUAUCUGUGUUGACAUGAUGCGCGAUCUAAUUGUUCCAAAAGAUCAAGUACAGCCCUUCUCUUAUGUUGCUCUGGCUGAUGGCUCUCGACAAAAUAAUAUGGCAAAAGUAUAUGCAGGUUUCUAUAAAUACGACAACUCAACUGUAGCUCUUGAGUAUCAACAACGUGUACCUAUGGUUACUAUAGUAAAGUGUGGUACUGAACAAGAAAGAGAGAAAGGAAAUAAGCCAGGCAAUAGAGGCAAACGAGACUCUCAAAUCAUCUUGAUGCAAUUUAUGCAAAAAGUGAUGUUUGAUGAAAGAAUGACAAGGAUGGAAUAUGAAUUUUUCAAUCGCAUUUGGCAAGUAACUGGCGUACCUCCUGAUGCCUAUGAAAUUGUGUUGAUGGUAGAUGCUGACACAAAGCUAUUUCCUGAUGCUCUUUCGAGACUUAUCUCUUGUGCUGUCAAAGAUCCUGAGAUUUCUGGGUUAUGCGGUGAGACCAAAAUUGCAAAUAAGACGAGUAGUUGGGUGACAAUGAUCCAAGUUUUUGAGUACUACAUCUCUCAUCAUCAGUCAAAAGCAUUCGAAUCUAUAUUUGGUGGUGUCACUUGUUUACCAGGCUGCUUUUGUAUGUAUCGAAUCAAGGCACCCAAAGGACCUGAUGGCUAUUGGGUGCCCAUCCUUGCCAACCCUGAUAUUGUUGAACGCUAUUCAGAAAAUGUAGUUGAUACUCUCCACAAAAAGAACUUGCUGCUGUUAGGUGAGGAUCGCUAUUUAUCUACAUUGAUGCUUCGUACUUUUCCCAAUCGAAAGAUGAUGUUUGUUCCACAAGCUGUAUGUAAAACUGUUGUACCAGAGACAUUUCUAGUUCUGCUAUCUCAGAGAAGAAGAUGGAUUAAUUCGACUAUUCAUAAUCUAAUGGAGCUACUUUUCGUGCAUGACUUGUGUGGCACUUUUUGUUUCUCAAUGCAAUUUGUUAUAUUUAUGGAGCUAGUAGGUACCUUGGCUUUACCUGCAGCUAUUUCGUUCACAGUCUAUCUCGUCGUGAUGGCUAUCUUAGGGCAACCAGCUCUGAUUCCACUGAUUUUACUGGCACUUAUUCUUGGCUUGCCAGCUGUUCUAAUUGUCAUGACAAGCAGAAAAGUUGUUUAUGUUGGCUGGAUGCUCAUUUACUUGAUCAGUUUGCCUAUUUGGAAUUUCGUGCUACCUAGUUACGCCUACUGGCAUUUUGAUGAUUUUUCUUGGGGUGAUACUAGGAAGGUUGCAGGUGCCGAAGCUGACAGAAAAGCAAAUCAUGGAGACAAAGAAGGUGAAUUUGAUAGUAGUAUCAUUGUCAUGAAGAAAUGGAGUGAAUACGAGAAACAACGAAGAGUAAAUGAAGCCAUUGAUCGAAAUCUGCCAAUUCCACGUUUUGCCAACAACAAGAAAAAAACUGUAGAUGUGUUUCGCGAUUCGGCUAUACCCGUAAAGAAGCUCGGAUCAGCUGGCUCCAGUGAUAGUGAUGUUCCGCUGACUCAAAUGGGAUAUUUACCCGCAGGAUCAGGCAGAAAUAACGGUAUGGAACAGUGUUCCAACUAUAGAGAAAAACCAAGAUUUGUUCAAGGAAGUCUCUGUUCCUCGGCUGAAAUUGACAUACCACUGUUUAGCUUGAAGAAUGACCCUACACAAAAGUCACACUAUUUGCCAUCCCGUGCUGAGCAUGAGAUAGGAUUGAAUACUUCUAUGGUUAAUCAAGACAAUCAAGAUAUCAGACAAUUCCCAUUAAACUCACCUAGCAGAUCCAAUUAUCUUCAAGGCAGCUCCAUAUGGUCUGAUCCUGCAUCCCGUCAUCAUCAACAAGUCUUGGAAUGUGCAUCGUAUGCUCGUAUUGGCAUUGUUUGCCUUUAUCUUUUCUCGCUCGGUUGACUGUUGUACAUACACAAUGUCUCUAACAAAAAUGAGUGAAUAAAAUGAGUGAAUAAAAUGGUUCAACAAACAAAAAAGAGCAAAAAGUGCAACGUAGUACUGUCACUGCUUCUUUUUUUUAUCUCGUGAUUUUCUGAUCCAUCUUGCAUUCUUUUGUUUGUUAAAGAGUGUGUAUAAUUUGUAAAAUGAUUUUGUCAUUUUCCAUGUGGCAAAAACAAUCGUUCAAAAAAAAAAA